AAAUGAAAAAUAUUUUCUCAACGGUUUUGUGUGAAAUGAGAAGUGAUUUUAAAGAAAGCCAUCAAGAAACCAUUAAUAAAAUGAUACAAUUUGGUACGGUUAAAUAUGGAAUUGUUAAACAAUUAAAAGAUCGUGCCAAGAGUGCCGAGAAAGAUUCACCCAGCGAUCAUGAACAGAAUGGUUCCUGUUCACCCUUGGCUGCUGCCACAGCCAAUGAUGAGAACAGUCAUUCCUGUGAUAGAGCAGUAAGUCCCAGCAAUAAUGAGAAUUCGGAUAUUGCAACACCAUCCUCACCUGCCACCAACAAACAAGAGCAACAACAAAGCGAAGAAGAACAAGAAACACCCACAACACCACAUAAAACAUAUCCCAAGGAACAAGAAUUUCCAUCACCCACACCACCAGACCUAAAUGAAUCUCAAGAGCCAAUAAAUAAGGCCCAAGAAACCACAGAAGCACCAGAAUCAAAUAACGAAGAACAGGAACAACAACAACAACAGCCAGAACAACCCGACUCUCAAGAUUCCUCCAAAAUGUGUCUAACCAAAACCACACUCGAUCAAGAGCAUGAUGAGGAAAUGGAAGAUUCUUCCGCCCAACAACCCACCACCCAAGAUCUCUCCAAAUCUAUGGAAUUUGAAGAAACACCCGAAUCCAAAUCCAAAACUGUCGAAUCGGAAAUGGAUAGUGUUUCCACCACCCCCUCACUGCCCAGUGGUUCCCAACUGCUGGCCAAUAGUCAAUUUCCCACCGCUCCCGUUAACAUUGAGGCUAUUAAAAAUAUGCAAUUGGCCAUAGCUCAAGCGGCAGCCAAAACCAUUGCCAACAGCGCUUCGGGUCAGGAUAAUGAGGCCGCUAUGAAACAGUUAGCCUUCCUGCAACAGACCCUUUUCAAUUUGCAACAACAACAAUUGUUCCAAAUUCAACUCAUCCAACAGUUGCAAUCACAAUUGGCCAUGAACCAGACGAAAAAUCAAAACGAAGAGGAGGAGGAAGAAGAAGAGGGAGAAAAUGGUGAAGAAGACACUUACGAAGAAGAGGAGCGUAUUGCCCAAAUGGAGUUGAGACAAAAGGCUGAGGCCCGCAUGGCAGAGGAUAAGGCCCGCCAGCAUUUAAUCAAUGCUGGUGUUCCCCUAGAAUCGCUGAAACGUAAACGCGACAAUGAAGAGGAACCCGAAGCCCAACGCCGCAUGAGCGUUGAGUCCUCGGCGAACAACAAAUCAUCCGACUAUGCCUUGGACAAACUGAAAGAAAUGGAAAAUCGCCCUCUCCCCUUCGGUUCCGAUCUUGCCUCCUCCAUAAUAACCCAUCAUGAUGAUAUGCCAGAACCAAAUUCUUUGGAUUUAUUACAAAAACGAGCCCAAGAAGUAUUGGACUCAGCAUCUCAGGGUAUCUUGGCCAAUAACAUGGCCGAUGAAUUUGCUUUCAAGGAGAACAAUGGCAAGGCCGGCAAUGAGCCAUUCUUCAAGCAUAGAUGCCGUUAUUGUGGCAAGGUAUUUGGUUCGGAUUCGGCCCUACAGAUACACAUUAGAUCUCACACCGGCGAAAGGCCCUUCAAGUGCAAUGUUUGCGGUAGCCGUUUCACCACCAAAGGCAAUUUAAAGGUUCACUUUCAGCGUCAUGCCCACAAGUUCCCUCAUGUGCCGAUGAAUGCCACACCCAUUCCCGAACAUUUGGAUAAAUUCCAUCCUCCCUUGUUGGAUCAGAUGUCACCAGAAAGUUCACCUUCCCACUCCCCCUCAGCUAUGCCACAACAAAUGCCUACAGCUCCUGUGGCCGCCACCGCCUCUGCUACCACUCCACAAAUGCCUGCUUUGAAUUUCCCCAGCCCUUCAAACCCCUUCCCCGCCCUGUCGGGUCUAUAUCGGCCACCAUUGGAUUUACUGAAAACUCUACAAAGCUCUACGGGUAAUUUCCCCAAUCCAUUCUUCCCCCAAGUGGCCAGCAAUUUGGGAGAAGCAGCUGCGCAAGCCCAACAGGCUGCCCAGGCUGUGCUGAAUAAAUCUCAACAAGAUGCUCCCACAGAUUUGAGUAAAACAUCCCAACCCAAUUCACCUGAACCGCCCACCACCACCACUACACACAUUAAAUCGGAAUUACCUGAAGAAAUCGAAGGAGAAGAAGACGGAGAUUUGUCGGCCAAAGAAAAUCGUUCCAUGGUGGAAUCACCCCGACCGGAAUCACCGGCCAAAACAAUGUCACCAACACCAACGGAUGCCAUCAAAAUCAAAGAAGAAAAACCCGAACAUGAAGAUGAAGAACGCGAAGAACAACGGCUAACUGCCUCUCAAUCGCCAGCCGUUGCCCGAUCCCAAGUACCUAAUGCCUCACCAUCACCUCCAGACGUCGCAAUCAAACCUAGCCUACAACAUUUGCCACCUGUGGUGCAACCCGUGCAGCCACCAGCUGCCGUUAUGUAUGCACAACCUUCGCCCGGAUCUCAACACAGUUUGGAUCAUUUGCCCACACCCGGACAAUUGCCCCCUUCGAUGUUGCACCAUCGUGAGGACUUCUUUGCUGAACGUUUCCCCAUGAAUUUCACCAAGACUGAUGACAGACAUUCGCCGAUUCGUUCGCCAGCCCAUUUGCCACGUCCUCCCUUCUGCAAUCCCAUGAAACCCUAUGACAUGGCUUUGUUGCCACGGCCCCACAGCAAUGACAACUCCUGGGAGAAUUUCAUAGAGAUUUCCAAUUCAUCGGAAACCAUGAAAUUGAAGGAGUUGAUGAAGAACAAGAAAAUCACCGAUCCCAAUCAGUGUGUCGUGUGUGAUCGUGUUUUGUCGUGCAAAUCAGCUUUGCAAAUGCACUACCGUACCCACACGGGUGAGAGGCCGUUCAAGUGUCGUAUUUGCGGUAGGGCCUUCACCACCAAGGGUAACCUGAAGACCCACAUGGCUGUGCAUAAAAUCCGACCACCCAUGCGCAAUUUCCAUCAAUGCCCCGUGUGUCACAAGAAAUACUCGAAUGCCUUGGUGUUGCAGCAACAUAUCCGCCUGCAUACCGGCGAACCCACCGAUUUGACUCCCGAGCAAAUUCAAGCUGCCGAAAUAAGAGAUCCCCCACCCACCAUGAUGCCAGGAGCUUUUAUGAAUCCCUUCGCCGCUGCUGCCUUCCAUUUUGGAAUGCCCGGCGGUCCAGGUAUGCCACCAAUGGGUGGUCCUCACAAUGGCACCAUGGGUUCGGAAUCGUCACAGGGUGAUAUGGAUGAUCAAAUGGAUUGCGGUGAGGAUUAUGAUGAUGAUAUGUCCUCGGAGCAUAUGUCAAAUUCUAAUGAUAUGGAGUCGGGUGAUAGGCCCAAGUCUACAGAUGACUUUAAGGCUUUGUUGUUUGAGCAGAAGCUGAGGAUUGAUCCAACCGGAAUGGUAAAUGCCGGAUCUAGGCCACAGUCGGCUACCUCCAAUGGAAAUUCAGUGAAUUCAGCUCCCAACAGUCCAGUGGCUUUGAAUAAGCCAUUGAAUGUUACCCGUUCCAGUUCACCGGCCAGAUCUGCAUCGGAAACAUCGCAUGGUGCAUUGGAUUUGACACCCAAAGCGGGUCCUGCGAGCAGUGCAGGAAGUACGGUGCGAUCGCCACAACCAUUGUCGUCGAUGAAACGAUCCCCAUCUCCAUUGAGUAAAUCACCAAAAAUGCCGCAAAUUAGCCCAACAACUAGCCUACCACCCACUGGCGCUAGUCCGGUUGAUUGUCUGCCACCAAGUUUACAUCAUCACUUGCAACAGCAACAUCAGCACUUGAUGCAACAACAAGCUGCCUUGGCUGCAGCACAACAUCAUCAACAAAUGCAACAUAAUGCCGUUGUUGCCAUGCAUCAGGAACAAUUGCGUCGUGAGGUGGCGGUACAAGCGCAAGCGCAACAUCAUCAUCAGCAGCAACAACAACAGCACCUCCAACAACAGCAGCAGCAACAACAACAAUCAGCCUUAUCGCCCAACACACCGGGCGGCAGUAGUUCACAUACAGCCUCCGGUUCGUCAGCAUCGCCACAUGGUCAGGUAGUGGCACCGCCACCACCACCACCAAAUCCUUUAGUUGGACCCCGACCACCAUUUGGCAUGUUUCCAAAUCUCCCGCUGUUUCCACCGGCUUCCACGCAAAAUAUGUGCACAGCAAUGAAUACGAUAGCACAGUCUGUUAUGCCGGCGGCACCAUUUAAUCCUUUAGCUCUAUCGGGAGUCAGAGGCAGCACUACCUGCGGCAUUUGUUUCAAAACAUUCCCCUGCCAUUCGGCUUUGGAGAUUCACUAUAGAAGUCAUACAAAAGAGAGACCAUUCAAAUGUACCAUUUGCGAUCGUGGUUUUACAACAAAGGGUAAUCUCAAACAACACAUGCUAACCCACAAAAUUCGUGAUAUGGAACAAGAAACCUUCCGGAAUAGAGCAGUCAAAUGAGUGGCGCCAAAGAAGACUGAGGUCCAUUCUAAGUCGUCA